CUUUGCAUGACUAAAACAAACGUCUUACCAUUCCUGAAGGACAGACUCUAAGAACGCUGCUAAGAAGUGCUGAAGUGGCAAUGAAACAGCCCAACAGGAAGAGAAAGCUUGGCAUGGAUUCCAAAGAGCACUUGGAUCAGGAUGGAUGCUUGGAGCAAGUUGAAGAGGAGAAGCGGGGGACCGGCACAACCCUUUUGAGUCAUGCACCUUCAGUGGCAACACAAGAAUCCUGGUCUUGGGAGCAGUAUUUGAAAGAACAGAACGCUAUAGCAGCACCUGUUGAGCUGUUUUCCAAGGAUCAAUCCUUUCCGGAGCACGAAAAUGGUUUUCAGGUUGGCAUGAGAUUAGAAGGCAUUGAUCCCCGACAUCCAUCUGUAUUCUGUGUGCUUUCUGUAGCUGAGGUGUGUGGUUACCGGCUAAGACUUCAUUUUGAUGGGUAUUUAAGCUGCUAUGAUUUCUGGACCAAUGCUGGUUCCCCCGACAUUCAUCCAGUAGGGUGGUGUGAAAAGACCAAGCAUGAAUUGCACAUCCCUAAGGGUUAUAGAAAAGAUAAAUUUGUUUGGAUGGAUUACUUGAAGGCCUGCAAAUUGCAAAAUGCUCCUAAGAAAUUAUUCAGGAACAGAAGUUCUAAUGGACCAGUGCCUAAGGAGUUUCAGGUGGGAAUGAAGCUGGAGGCCGUGGACAGGAAGAACCCUUCUCUGGUGUGCGUGGCUACCAUAGCAGAUAUUGUGGAUGACCGCUUACGAGUACAUUUUGACAACUGGGAUGACAGCUACGAUUACUGGUGUGAUGUUAAUAGUCCUUAUGUCCAGCCAGUUGGUUGGUGUCAGGAGAAUGGAAGAACUUUGAUAGCGCCCCAAGGAUAUCCUGACCCAGAAAAUUUUUCCUGGCCAGAAUAUCUGCAGACUACCCAAACUAAUGCAGUUCCUGCCAAAGUUUUUAAAAUGAGGUUGCCUCAUGGUUUUUUGCCAAAUAUGAAACUAGAAGUUGUGGAUAAACGAAACCCCCGGUUAAUUCGUGUUGCAACAAUUAUAGAAGUUGAUGACCAAAGAGUAAAGGUUCACUUUGAUGGUUGGGACCAUAAGUAUGACUAUUGGCAGGAGGCAGACAGCCCUGACAUUCACCCCAUUGGCUGGUGUGAUGUAACAGGACAUCCACUGGAAGUGCCACAUCGAGCAAAUGAUGUGAAAAUCCUUCCAGGUCAAGCUGUUUGUCCUACACCUGGGUGCCGAGGAAUAGGCCAUAUCCGUGGUCCACGUUAUUCAGGACAUCACAGUGCUUUUGGCUGCCCUUAUUCGGACAUGAACUUGAAAAAGGAGGCAAUGCUUCAUGAUCGUCUGAGAGAACAAACACAGGCACAUUUGGAAGCAGACUCUUCACAUUCAAAAUUGAAAAAUCUCUACAGUUUGAACUUCAAUGGAAAACAUGAAACAGUAAACAGUCAGCCCAGACAUGUACAGCAGGCAAAGUGUUUGAAAAUCAAAGGAAAAGAAGAUAUUGACUUGGAUAAUCUCUUCAGAGAAUACUCAGCUGAGCAGAACCAGCAGGCCCUGCACCAAUCGGUCUUCCUGACUUCCAUGUCAGCCCACCCUUCUCGGGAGCUUCCCCUCUGCAGGGAGCAGCACUGCAAGCUGCUGCCAGGUGUAGCUGACAUCCAGGCCAGCCAGGUGGCCCGGUGGACAGUGGACCAGGUGGCUGAGUUUGUACAGUCUCUUUUGGGCUGCGAAGAACAUGCCAAGUGCUUCAAGAAAGAGCAGAUCGAUGGCAAAGCCUUCCUGCUUCUGACACAGACAGACAUCGUCAGAGUGAUGAAGAUCAAGCUGGGCCCCGCGCUGAAGAUCUACAACUCCAUCCUGAUGUUCAGGAACUCCCAGGACCUCACAGAAGAAGACACUGUCACAGGCCAGGAUGUCACAGAGUAAAGGUGCUUCCAAACUCAUGCCAGUGCCAGGACUCUUUCAGCAGUAA